CGUGACAGGUUGAAAGAGUGAAGACUUCCAUAAGACAUGGAUAGAUGCAAACAUGUAGGGCGGUUGCGGCUAGCCCAGGACCACUCCAUCCUGAACCCACAGAAGUGGUGCUGCCGGGAGUGCGCCACCACCGAGUCCGUGUGGGCUUGUCUCAAGUGCUCGCACGUGGCCUGCGGCCGCUACAUCGAAGAUCACGCCCUCAAACACUUCGAAAAGACUGGACACCCACUAGCCAUGGAGGUCCGGGAUCUCUACGUGUUCUGCUACCUGUGCAAGGACUACGUGCUCAACGACAACCCGGAAGGGGACCUCAAGCUGCUGAGAAGCUCCCUCUUGGCGGUCAGGGGCCAGACGCAGGACCUGCCGCUGAGGCGCGGGCGGAUGCUGCGGUCCAUGGCCUCGGGCGAAGACGCCGUCCCGCCGCAGCGCGCUCCUCAGGGACAGCCGCAGAUGCUCACGGCUCUGUGGUAUCGGCGCCAGCACCUGCUGGCCCGGACGCUGCGGCUCUGGUUCGAGAAGACCUCGCGGGGCCAGGCCAAGCUGGAGCAGCGGCGGCGGCAGGAGGCGCUGGAACGCAAGAAGGAGGCAGCGCGGCAGCGGCGGCGCGAGGUGAAGCGGCGGUUGCUGGAGGAGCUGGCCAGUUCCCCUCCGCGCAAGAGCGCGCGCCUGCUGCUGCACGCGCCCCGCGCCGCCGCGCCGCGCGCGCCCGCUGGGCCCCGCCCCGCGCCGCGCCGCGCGCCCGCCAUGGCGCCGGGCGUCACGGGCCUGCGCAACCUGGGCAACACCUGCUACAUGAACUCCAUCCUCCAGGUGCUCAGCCACCUGCGCAAGUUCCGUGAGUGCUUCCUGAACCUCGACCCGUCCAAGACGGAGCAGCUGUUUCCCAGGGCCGCCAACGGCAAGGCCCCGCUCGCGGGCAGGCCGGCCGGCAGCUCGGCCACCGAGCUGUCGCCCAGGAGCCACGGGGCCGAGGCCUGCGAGCGCGAGGGCCUCUGCUUGAAUGGCGGGGCCUCCCUCAGCAGGAGCCUAGAACUCAUCCAGAACAAGGAGCCCAGCUCGAAGCACAUCUCCCUCUGCCACGAACUGCACACCCUCUUCCGCGUCAUGUGGUCCGGGAAGUGGGCCCUGGUGUCGCCCUUCGCCAUGCUUCACUCGGUGUGGAGCCUGAUCCCCGCCUUCCGCGGCUACGACCAGCAGGACGCGCAGGAGUUUCUCUGCGAGUUGUUGCACAAAGUGCAGCAGGAACUCGAGUCCGAGGGCACCAAGCGCCGGAUCCUCAUCCCCUUCUCCCAGAGGAAGCUCACCAAACAGGUCUUAAAGGUGGUGAACACCAUAUUUCACGGGCAGCUACUCAGCCAGGUCACAUGUGUAUCAUGCAAUUACAAAUCCAAUACCAUCGAGCCCUUUUGGGAUCUGUCCCUGGAAUUCCCUGAACGCUAUCACUGCAUAGAAAAGGGGUUUAUCCCUUUGAAUCAGACUCAGUGCCUGCUCACUGAGAUGCUGGCCAAGUUCACGGAGACAGAGGCCCUGGAAGGGAGAAUCUACGCUUGUGACCAAUGUAACAGCAAACGACGAAAAUCCAAUCCAAAACCCCUUGUUCUGAGUGAAGCUAGAAAGCAGUUAAUGAUCUACAGACUACCUCAGGUCCUCCGGCUGCACCUUAAAAGAUUCAGGUGGUCUGGCCGUAGUCACCGAGAGAAGAUUGGGGUCCAUGUCGUCUUUGACCAGGUAUUAACCAUGGAACCUUACUGCUGCAGGGACAUGCUCUCCUCUCUUGACAAAGAAACCUUUGCCUAUGAUCUCUCCGCAGUGGUCAUGCAUCACGGGAAAGGGUUUGGCUCAGGACACUACACAGCCUAUUGCUACAACACAGAGGGAGGUUUUUGGGUCCACUGCAAUGACUCAAAGCUGAAUGUAUGCAGUGUCGAGGAAGUGUGCAAAACUCAAGCCUACAUCCUUUUUUACACUCAAAGAACAGUUCAGGGCAAUGCAAGAAUCUCAGAAACCCAACUCCAAACUCAGGUGCAGUCCAGCAACAACGAUGAGGGCAGACCACGGACCUUCCCCUGAAUGGGAGGCACGUAUCGAGGACUGGCUUGCUUUUAAACUAUUGGUUUCUAUACAUCUUUCCUCGUAUAGGAAAUAAGGUUUACUGCAGGAACAGGUUACUAGGUUUGCCUCACUGGGUCUAGAGCAGAAGGUGCCAGGUGACUCAUGUGCUAUCAUAAAAUUUGUAGCAACUUUCUUUUAAAUGGGUUUAGAAAUUCCCUCCUUCGUUAAAACAAAUCAAAAGGAGUAACUUCUAUGAAGACUCUUUCAUCAGUUGCUUCUGAAUAUAGAGGGAUCUGGGUGGAGGAAAGAGGGAGUAAAUUGGUCAUAUCCAGCCAUGUUCUUGCUAUUGCAUGAUUCCCCUGCUAAUCAGGACUCCUUGCAGCACCAGAAGAACCCUCCUGAUGUGAGCAGCCCUCGACAGAGCACGCAAGGAGGGGCCCUGGGCUGGCAGCUUGCUGGAUAGGAUUGGUUCCAAGGCAGGAGGUGAAGUCUAAGGAUUUUUUCCUACAAAGGAAGUAGCCCUCAAGGGUUGAAAGUCUGCAGACUUCCUUUUUUGGGGGAUAGCAGUUGAAGAGUGGAAUGAGAUGCACAGAGGAAAUUUCUCCAUGUGAAAUGGGAGGUUUUUCGUGUGUCAUACUCUCCCUGGCUGCUGCUGUCAUUUAAUCAUACCACAUCUUCUGAGAUGGCAUGAACAUCCCUUCAUUCUAAAGAAGGAGCAGUUCACAUGGGGAAGCAAGAAACUGGUACAUGACAUGUUCUUUGUGGCACACUGAGCCUAAGGGCACUCCUGGCUACCUAGUUCUGUAGCAAAUCCCUGGUUCAGGUCUAGGGCAAGCACAUAGUUUGGUUUAAAUUGGUCUUUGGGUCAGUUGUCUGAGGCCUUCUCAGAACUCAG